AUGUAUUUAUGUGUUAAUUUGUCUGUUAAUAUAUAUAAUACAUUGAAAAGAGAAUCUGCUGCUCGACAAAGAGCUAACCAAUCUUCAGAGCAAAAUGAACAUUAUAAAAGGCAAUGUAGAGAAUCAAAGGGUCGAAAAAUUAUGUAUGAUGCAUCUGCUGAACUUACUCAAAGUUCUCAAAUACUGUCCUAUGAUUGUAUUCCAGUUGAACCUCCAACUGAAUUAAAAUCUUACUUAAUAGGCGAUGAUAAGUUUUCACAAGAAUUUCACCAAAAUAUCUAUGCUUAUAAUUCAACUUUAGCUUUUAUUUUUAUGGAAGCUAAAAUUAAUUAUCAUAUAACUGGCAUAAGAAGUCCUUAUACUUUUCAUAUACAUGGUGAAAUACAUUAUAACAUUCCAAGCACUUCUGAAGUUGCUACUAUUAUAGUAGAUGAUAAUAAUAAUACAUCUACUAUAUGCAAUCAUGAUAUUAUUUUAUAUUCCCAUGAUAAAGAUCUACAGGGAGAUGGAUGGCAUCUGAAAAUUUCAAUCUGUGAUAAAGCACAAUUAUCUUUUUUUGAUGUUGAACAACAAUAUAAUAUUGAUGAUACUAUCAAUGCAGACAAUAUAGAUAGACCUGAAGAAGGAAUAAAUCUUCAUCUAUUUGAACAUCUUUUUCAACAAUAUAUUAUUGAUGCAUAUGCAAAUGUGAAACAAAAUCAACUUAACUAUUUAAAGUGCAAUCAAAAAAAGAUUUAUGCAGACCUUUAUAUAGAGAUACUUGAGCAUGAAAACACUUCUGAGACCAUUUUAACUGCAUGGUUUAAAGCAAAUGCAUGGUUUUCAGCUAGAACAUUACUAUCUUCAAAUUAUACUAAACAUAGUGCAAAUGCAACAUCCUUUGAUCAUCUUAGAACUGUCAAUAAUGUUCUUUAUCCUACUUUUAAGGACAUCUGUGAAGCUUUAGGUUUACUUCAAAACAAUAAAAAAUGGGACAAUUGUUUAAAUAAAGCUCAACAAAUACAAUCUGGAUUACAAAUAUAUGAUAAUAUACUUUAUCAAACCCAUUUAGAAGCAGAAAGCAAUCCUUCCUAUACUUUUACUGAAUCUGAUAUAUACAAUAUAGCAUUAACAAGAUUAGAAGCUAUUUUGAUUAGAAAUAGAUUCCAUCUUACCGAUUUUCCAAACAUGUCAACUUCUAAACAAAAUCUUAAGAUAUUAACCACAAGUCAACAUACUGAUACUGGAUAUACUCAGAAUAUUGUAUAUCCAGAA